GUGUUUGCCACUCGAGAGGGAUUCCCCAUCGACUGUAGGUUGUUCUCGAUAAGCUUCAGAGAAUUGCAGCUCCUCCCAGUCGCGGCACCGACACAUCAAGAUGUGACUGACUAUAUGAAUAGGGCACCCGAUGCUCUCACUUGAGAACAGUGUCACUAAAUCGAUUUCAUCACUUGUCAGAGAAGCUCACAUGGUUAGAGAGAUGAACUUAGAGGGGGACAGCGGUCUGUCAGUGAGCUGCGGCAACGGGAAACUUAGACAGUGGCUAAUCGAUCAGAUUAACAGCAGUAGCUAUCCCGGACUGGUUUGGGAGAAUGGCGAGAAAAGCAUUUUCAGGAUCCCCUGGAAACAUGCGGGCAAACAGGAUUACAAUCGAGACGAGGAUGCUGCACUCUUCAAGGCUUGGGCAUUGUUCAAAGGGAAACACAGGGAAGGAGUGGACAAACCAGACCCCCCCACAUGGAAGACUAGACUGCGAUGUGCUCUUAACAAAAGUAAUGACUUUGACGAGCUGGUGGAGAGAAGCCAACUUGAUAUAUCAGACCCUUACAAAGUCUACAGAAUCAUACCGGAGGGAGCUAAGAGAGGGAUCAAGACGGCAGAGACAACGUUACAUAUGAGCUCAGAGAGCAACUACCCCAUGCACUCUCUGUACCCAACUCUACACAGCCCGGUAACGUCAUUUGUUUACCUCUGCAACAUGUACCUUCAAAGGUCUUCAGAUCUUCAAAGUUCUUCACAGUUCUCUCUUCCUGCUGUGUGUGGAUCAGGAACCCACCACUAUCUGACUAACAGCUGUCUCCUCUCCCCCUGGCUUUGUCCCAAGGUGUCUGGCAGCUACAUAGUUCCCCAGGAGAGGAAGGAGUGGAAGGACUACAGCCACACACAGGACCACCAGCAGCAACCUCAGCCUCAGCACCACCAGCCACCCCACGUUGAGCUGCAGUAUAGCCAGUGCCACUACCCAUCGCCACUCAGCCGACUGUGGCACACCGGGCCACACACAGAUAACGGUUAUCAGUUCACUGGCUCCUUCUAUUCAUACUCCUCCUCAGAGUCCCACCCCACAGCAUUUACAAUGGACCACAACAUGGCCACCCUUUCUGACUUCCGACUGCAUGUGUCCCUGUUCUACCGUGAGGCUUUGGUCAAGAAGGUAACCACCUCUGGUCCUGAAGGCUGCCAGAUCACCUCGUCUUCCUCCUCCUCUUCCUCGUCUUCCUCUCCCUCCUCCCCCUGCCCUGUGGACAAGCUGUACAGCGGUGCAGAAGUGGUGCUGUUCCCGUCCCCUUACCCCGAGUCACAGAGGAGGGGGGCGGAGAAGCUACCCAACGUCCUGGAGAGGGGCGUGCUCCUGUGGAUGGCGUCAGAUGGGCUCUAUGCCAAGCGGCUUUGCCAGAGCCGAGUGUACUGGGAGGGCCCGCUGGCCCCGUACACGGACAAACCCAACAAACUGGAGAAAGAACAGACCUGCAAGCUGUUUGACACUCAGCAGUUCCUCACUGAGCUGCAGGGGUAUGCCCAACAUGGCCGUCCCAUGCCCAGGCACCAGGUGGUGCUGUGUUUCGGUGACGAGUACCCAGAUCCCCAACGCCAGACCAAGAUGAUCACAGCACAGGUGGAGCCAAUGUUUGCCAGGGAACUGUUGUACUUCACCCAGCAGAACAGCAGUCACUACCUUAGGGACUACGAGCUUCAGGGACACACAGAGAGCUCCCCUCCAGCUCCAGGAGACUACCAGAGGACCCUCCAACACAUGCAGGAGUAACACAUACAAACAUUCCUCAGGAGCCAUGGACAUGCAUGUAGAUAGACCAAUGAGCUUAACUACUGUAAUGUAUAUGGUAUACUCAGGUCUUGGACUAAAAUGCCUCACUGUGAUUUCAAUGUAAGACUGGACUGUGCCUCCAUCAUCAGUGUCAACAGUUUGAGCCAAAGAUGAUCAAAGACGAAAGUAUCUACCCUAGUUUGUACAGCCUUACAUUUAUGUUUCUAAUCAUCAUUUAUUUGUUUGUUUUUUAAACAAUAUGAAAAACUGAUUAAGUAUUUUUGAUUUGAUCUGUUGUAAUAGUUUUGUUUCAAUAUCACAUCUGGAUGCCAGUGUCUAGGUGAAUGUGUUUGAUUGAUUGGUUGAUUUUGCUAAACCUGCUCAAGGUAGCUGUAGAUAAUUGAAGUGAUUGGUUUUAGGCUGAUCCUAGCAUUGGUUCCCACUUGAUCCUUGAUACAUUAUAGCUACAAAGUGUGUGGUGUGUGUAGGCUUAUCACAAGAGAUAGUGUGUUUUCCAGUGACAUCUGUAGGAAACCCACAACACCCCCUGACCUGUGGUAGUGGUGUGGUGGGCGGAGGUAGCCUGCCCCUGUCUCUCUCUCCCCAUCUCGGUCUCUCUUUCUUUGUCUCCCUCUACAUUUUCUCUCUUGCUAACACUUGCUUUCAACGAGAGAGGGAUGCAUGUGUUUGUGUAUGUUUGUGUGUAUGUGUGUGUGUGCGGGCGUCUGCAUGUGAGAUUGUGACAGUGUAUAGGAUGCGGUUUGAGGGGACGAGGACCAAUGUGAAGCAGAGGGCGACUGACAGAAGCAGGAAGCACCAGUCACAGCUGCACAGGAAGUGGAGUAGCCCUCAGGAGAAAGGGAGAAGAGGCUUAAUGUGACCCAUUUCCAGAAGCUAGGCAUAUGUUGAACGUCACUACUUCACAGGAGAGACAAUUUAAGGAAAAACAUUUUUUUUUAUAUCAAAAUACUUUUUGGGGCAGAAAUGCAUUUUGGAGCAUAUGAACUUUCAUGUGCCUUAAUAACAAACUUGUAUGCCAUCUGUAAAUACAAAUAAAAUGGUUAAAUUACGA